UUUUUUCUAUUCUUCAAAUGAAAUGAUCUCUUUGUUGUUCUUCUAAUUUUUAAUUAACUAAUUGUUUAAGAAUUUUGGUUUUUUUCUUUCUCUUCAUGUUAAUAUGGUCACUCGACGAAUUAUUCAUAAAAUUAGUCUGAAUAGUGUCACAUUAUGUCCUCUCAGAUAUUCAUCUUCAUCUAAAUCACCAAAAGAUUUUAAUGAUCUAAAUGAACCAAGUGAACAAGAUAUUCAAGAGAAAUUGAAUUUAAAAGAAGCCAAAGACAAAUUCUGGGAAUAUCAUCAAAAAGAUAAGGGUAAAGUAUAUUCUCUUAAGCCAAUUAAAGUGAAAUGUAAUUCGGGUAAAAUUUACCUUUGGUGUUCAUGUGGUUACUCAAGGAAUCAGCCAUUUUGUGAUGGAACCCACAGGGUAGAACAUUAUGAUAUCAAGUUGAAACCGAUUCCAUUUGAAUGCAAUGAGACAAAAGAUUAUUGGUUCUGUAAUUGUAAACAAACAAACCAUCGGCCAUUUUGUGAUGGGACUCACCGGGAGCUGAAAAUUGAUGAUGUAAAACCAACAAUUAGACAUUGAAUUCAUGUUUUGAUAAAGAAAAAAGAAAAUUUAUUUCAUCAAAAAUAUAAUAAUAAUUACAAUAGUAUAUUGUUUAAUCAUAGUAAAUUUAGCUAUUAUUUAGCUUACAAAUGUCGAUUGUAAAAAAGUUACAAAGAAAAAAUUAUUCACAUGUAUAAUUUUGUGAGUCAGAGAAAAAUUUUAAUAACUGAAUCAAAUAAAUUGUUAACAAGGUGAUUCAUAAUAAGGCAA